UCUGUGCGUCUGGCUCUGACAUCAUCAGCUCUGAAGUUACAGAUAUGGCAGUGCCGCUCUUGGAGACACUCUAGUCUUCUUGAGACGGAACGACCCUAAGCACCUGCCAACAUGUCGCUCAGCUGGUCGUCCAAAGACCACAAAAACACCAGUCAAUCCGCCGCGGCCGGACAGAAGCGGCUGCGCAACGACGCGGGGAACAAAGUGACGGUGGUGCUCGGUGCGCAAUGGGGAGACGAGGGGAAAGGAAAAGUGGUCGACCUGCUGGCCACCGAGGCUGACAUGGUCUGCAGAUGUCAGGGUGGAAACAAUGCUGGACACACGGUGGUUGUGGACGGCAAGGAGUACGACUUCCACCUUCUGCCCAGUGGAAUCAUUAACUCCAAAAGCAUAUCAAUGAUUGGUAAUGGAGUGGUCAUACAUCUACCAGGAUUGUUUGAAGAGGGAGAUAAAAAUGACAAGAAAGUGUUCGAUUUCCAUCAGGUUGUCGAUGGCUUGCAGGAGACCGAAAGGCAGGCAACAGAAGGAAAGAACAUAGGAACCACUAAGAAGGGCAUCGGUCCUGCGUACUCCAGCAAAGCGUCUCGCACUGGUCUGCGCGUUUGUGACCUCUUGGGUGACUAUAAAGACUUCUCCACAAGAUUUAAGAACCUCGUCCACCAGUAUCAGUCCAUGUAUCCCUCCUUGACAGUUGACGUUGAGGACCAACUGAAAAAGCUCAAAGAAUAUGCAGAGAGAUUGCGCCCAAUGGUGAGAGAUGGGGUCUAUUAUAUGUACGAAGCUCUCCAUGGAGCUCCGAAGAAGAUUCUGGUUGAAGGGGCCAAUGCAGCUCUUCUGGACAUUGACUUUGGCACAUAUCCCUUUGUGACAUCCUCAAACUGCACUGUGGGAGGGGUGUGCACCGGCCUAGGGAUCCCUCCGCUGAACAUCGGUGAUGUGUUUGGUGUAGCCAAGGCCUACACCACCAGAGUGGGCAUCGGAGCUUUCCCCACGGAGCAGCUCAAUGCAGUAGGAGAGCUGCUGCAAACCAGGGGUCAUGAGGUGGGGGUCACCACAGGAAGGAAGCGGCGUUGCGGCUGGCUGGAUCUCGUCAUCGUCAGAUAUGCUCACAUGAUCAAUGGAUUCACCGCAAUUGCUUUGACAAAACUUGAUAUUCUGGAUGUGCUGGAUGAAAUUAAAGUUGGAGUUGCCUACAAACUCAAUGGGAAAAGAAUUCCUCACUUCCCAGCCAACAUGGACGUUUUGCACAAAGUGGAGGUCGAGUACGAGACCUUCCCCGGCUGGAAGACAGACACAUCUGCAGCCAGGAAGUGGAACGACCUUCCAGCAAAGGCCCAGAACUACAUCCGCUUCAUUGAAAACCACAUCGGCGUCCCAAUCAAGUGGUACAAGAUACACAUCGGACAGAAGGAGCUGAACAAUUACGGCGUUUUUGGGAACAAAUACCGACAAGAAAUAUACGAUAAGACGAAGAACCUGCUUUUUAACGGGGCCAAAGCUGUCAUGGGCAAAAUAUGGACCGGAGAGGAGAAGGGCUCGGACCCUCAGCCCUGUGGAGAGGCUCACGCGCUGCUCAGGGGGCAGACCCUGAUUGGUCAGGACGGGAGGCUGACCAGAGCUGCUGCACAAGGCGCCCCGGCGGCCUCUCCGGGCUGCUGCGUGUGCCAGAGGAGCCCAGCGUCCGGGGCCCCGUGCUCCCAGUGCGAGCGGCCGGCCUGCUCGUCCUGCUCCCGACAGUGUUCCGGCUGCUCCGGCCUCUGCUGCUCCGUCUGCUCCGUCAUAGACUACAGCGGGCCGUAUGAUGAAGUACUGUGCUGCAGCUGCUCCACGUAAAGGAAGACCAAAGCCGGGAUCAGGACUCUGUGCUUCAGCACACGCAGUUCCCUCACGAGACGCAUCCAAGACUGUUUUAUAUCCAGAUGACCCAGAUGUUUCCCUGUAUAUAUGCUUUUAAUCUGAUUAACUGAAAUAAACUUGA